ACGCAGCAGAGGCAGAUAGAAGCUGCGGAUGAAGAAGCGCUCUCAGUUAGUUUAUAACGGCAGAAGAGUUCAGGUGGAACAUCUCCAAAUUGCGCGGUGACUCCAGGAUCCGUCCUGCUUCUACCUGAGCUCAGAUUAACCCAGAGAUUCUCCUCAGACUCAGGAACCUUCUGACCGACGUAUACAGAGACACAAAUCACUACAAGGACGCGCAGAGUGGGUGUAAACAUCUGAACAAACAGACAGCGUGCUCCCCACGUCCUCAGAGGACAAGUUUAUUUGAGUCACCGCGGGACAAUGCAGCUGACAGAAGGGACUUUAUUUUAACACCAUUGUUUCUUCUGGGUGCAGCUGUAGCGGAACAAAAGAAUGAAGCCCAGUGUGUGAUGUGACCUCCUGGAUGGUUCUUCCUCCCAUCAGUUCCUCCACAUCACUGAAGACCACUCAAAGAAGAUGCCGGCUUUGCCUGCAGGCCUGCAGGCAGCAGAUCUCAGCACCAGAAGGGCCACACAUCCUCUGAUUCCAGCAAUGUUUCUCUUCUUGCUGCUUUGCGUGCAACCUUCACAGUCUAGAAGUGAUCCAGAACUCAGAACCUGGAGACAGACCAGGCCACGGCUACAGCUCUCACACUCAGAUCUACGGAACGGCUCGGCGCUCUAUUGGGAGGGUGGAGUCAGUGGAGGCUAUCAGGUCCUGCUUUUAGACGAGGAUCGAGGCUGGCUGCUGGUCGGAGGGAAAGACCACAUUUACCUGCUGAGUCCCGACAACCUGCAACGCCCCUUUCAGAAGAUCCACUGGCCCGCUGCGCAAGAACAUGUGGAGCACUGCAGGCUGGCAGGAAAAAGUCUGGAGAGGGAUUGUGCCAACUUUGUUCGCGCGCUGCAGCCGUUCAAUAAGACUCACGUUUACGCGUGUGGAACCGGUGCCUUCCAUCCACAGUGUACGUACCUGCAGCUCAGCCACAACUCUGAGAGGUCCACGUUCAAGUUGUCCCACACAGUUGAGUCAGGACGAGGAAAAUGUCCCUUCAGUCCCAGAGAGCCCUUCACUGUCAGACUGACCGAUGGCGAACUUUAUGCCGGCACUUCCGUUGACUUUAUGGGAGCCAACGCAGCGAUUUUCCGCACAUCCGUUCAGGGCAGCAGUCAGCAUUACCUCCGCACUGAGGCCUACGAACAGAACUGGCUCAACGAACCGGACUUUGUGGGCUCCUUCUCCAUCCCCGAUACUCACAGUCCGGAUGAUGAUAAGGUUUACUUCUUCUUCAAGGAGAAGGCAGUGGAGGCCGGCCAGUGGGACAGGAGGGUCUACAGCCGAGUGGCCCGAGUCUGCAAGAACGACGUUGGCGGGAAGAGGAGUCUGAUCAACCGCUGGACCACCUUCCUCAAAGCCAGAUUGGUCUGUUCUGUUCCCGGCCCGUCUGGAGUCGAUACGCACUUUGAUGAACUGGAGGACGUCUUUGUUCUGGAAACCAAGGAUCCUCAGAACCCGACCAUCUACGGCGUCUUCAAGACCUCCAGCUCCAUAUUCCGAGGCUCAGCUGUGUGCGUCUACUCCAUGGCAUCAAUCCGUGCCGCCUUCAACGGACCCUUUGCCCACAAAGAAGGUCCUGACUACCGCUGGGUUGAGUACAAAGGCCGCAUCCCCUACCCCAGACCUGGAACUUGUCCAAGCGAGACGUACGACGCUCGGCACAAGUCCACCAAGGACUUCCCAGAUGAGGUGGUGAGCUUCAUACGGCAGCACCAGCUGAUGUGGGAGCCCGUCCUGCCCCUGGGCGGCCGACCCGUCCUGACCCGGGUCAACUCCCCGUACCUGCUGAAGAAGGUUGUUGUGGACCGAGUGGAGGCUCAGGAUGGACCGUAUGAUGUCUUACACCUGGGGACAGAUGAUGGGAAGGUGGUGAAGGCUGUGUCUGUCAUCAAAGACAACUGGGAAACAGAGGAGGUCAUUCUGGAAGAGCUAACCGUGUUCCAGACUCCCACUCCCAUCCUCAGCAUGGAGCUGUCUACUAAAAGAGAGCAGCUGUACGUCUGCAGUGAGCUCGGCCUGGUCCAGUUGAGUCUGCAGAGGUGUGAGCUCUACGGGGCCGACUGCGCCGAGUGCUGCCUGUCCAGAGACCCCUACUGCUCCUGGGACGGACAGACCUGCUCCAGAUACUUCCCCACCAGCAGGAGGCGAGCUCGCAGACAGGAUGUGAAGUAUGGAGACCCCUGGAGUCAGUGCCCAGUCACAGAGGAAGAUUCAGACUCCGUGGAAGUGAAGGUGGUGUACGGCGUUGAGGGAAACUCCACCUUCUUGGAGUGCGUUCCUCGGUCAUUGCAGACGGAACUCAACUGGACAUUACAGCUGCCAGAGAACCAGCAGAAAACCGUCAGACAGCUUUCUCUGACUGAUGAGGACCGCUUCCUCCACAUGAAGCGAGGGUUGCUGGUUCAGCGCCUGGAGCUGACUGACGCAGGCCUCUACACCUGCACCGCUCAGGAGCGCUUCUACAGCCAGGUCCUUGGCCGGUACCGAGUUCACAUCAUCCCCAACAACAGCCUUCAUCCAGCCCGCUACCAACAGAACCUUAACCACCCGGACCUCCUGAGCCUGCUGAGGACCGGCCCGGCUGUAGCAGGAGUCUCUGGGUUUCUGGGUCAGUCUGAGGCCGUUCCUUUGCCGCCACACAGGAACUCAUGGCUGCCUCCUCUAAGGAGCUACAAAGACCUGCAGAUGGUGGGAACCAACAGUCUGAGCGUGGACGAGUAUUGUGAGCACCUGUGGUACCGAGAAAAACGCAGACAGCAGAAACUUCGCAGUCUGAAGCUGAAACAGGAAAGCCGGAAGGCCCGAGUUAGGAGGAACAACCCCCCUGAAUUUCCCCUUUAGUGCCCCGGAGGACUGGUGGACUCUGUUAGGACAACAGGUCCUUAACAGCCAGGGUUUUGACGGACAGGUCUCACAGAGACAGAAAGUACUGUAACAUCUUCUGUUACAAAGUAUUAUUCAGCCUUAAAAUAUUAAAAAGGGAAGUGAUGCAUCAGGUCAUAGCUGUCUAGUAGUUUUCCUCCAAAUGUUAAUUUAACUCUUUCAAACUGACGUGGGCUCAUUUAUAGAACCAAAUGUAGAUUUAUUUCCUGCUUCUGUUUCCCUAAAGGGUUGGAAAUAUCUCCUCACUAAUUCCUCAGAUAUUGUUUCCAUCACUGCUGCUGCUUACUGCUGACUUCUGGGG